UGAAGUUACUAUCUAACCAGCUCAAAUUUUGCGCAGUAAAUCGCUAUGGAAAUGCUUGCGCAAAAUGGAAACUUAUUACUGCAUCGCUCCCUCGGGUUCAUUCGUGUCAAGGCAAUAUUUGACAAAAUUCGCGCAGAAGCCAGCCCUUAUUUGGAGACGGAUUUCUACGCCUAAUUUUUGUACGGAGGAUAUAUUAUUCGGGAAGACCUUUACAGUCUGGCUACUGUGUUGGUCAAUAAUACUAGUGAUUUGUUACGAAUAAUAGUUUUUUAUAAGUUUUUUAAAAUUACAUAAAAUUAAUGUACAUUUUAAGAUUGAUGUGUACGACCACAAGUGACCAAACUGGAUCGCGAAAUUUGAACAUUACACCCUCUAAGGAAAAUGAAAAAGGAGGAUAACCGGUUGUUGCGUUUGCUAAUAAAUGUGAGAGGUUGUUUCAUGAUUUAGUGUGAUUAUUGCAAUAAAUGAUAGGCCUACAAUUUCGCUUGUACAUCACGCCAGAAGUGAUAAAAAUAGACCUCUACCGGUAUUAUCUGCCUGUGAUAGCUGUCAUCUACAAUCGCUGUAGGCCUAGCUCAGUUGGAGCUUUCCACUUAACAGCAAACAGUCAACAUGCAAGUGCUGCCAAAAAUACCAGACGGCCCCUUUGAAUGUCCUGUUGCUGGGUGUGACCAUCUUGCUAGCAACUCAAAUAACAAUCUGGUUGUCCAUAUCCUGGCUUGUUAGAGGAUGGAAGAGAUUGGGCUAGUUAAAACCAGAAAGUGUGAAGGAGUACCUGCCUAGAAAAUAUGCAUCUAGGUUUCGAAUUUGAUGUUUAUGAUAUGCAACGCUCUGAUACAAUCAAACCACUCAUGGAUGACCGACCAAUCAGAAACUUACAGGAUUAUUUUGAUCGUGGAUGUUCUGCAUUGUCAUCCAGUUACACAGUUAACACCAAGUUUAGGAACAGAGUUGAUACAUUUUCACUGCAGUUCUAUAAGCUUUGAACACUCAAUGUGCUAACAAGAUGGAUACUUCUAAAGGAUUCAUUGUUUUCCUUGCAAUUGUGGUUGUAUUCAUCUCUACAAGUACUUCAGAGUCAGUUGAUGAUGAUUCUUCCUAUUGGACCGAUGGUACACUGGAAAAAGCUUUAGCCAAUAUAUCAAUUCAUGAGGUUCCCCCAAAAAGUGAGCCAGCUAGAGCAUGGGGAAAUGUGUUACCUUCAGGUGAAUUUACCUGUUCAACUGCUGGAUCAAAGGAAAUCCCAACAUCAGUUCACCAGUUACAACCUGGUGAUAUAAAAGUUAUUGGAGCCAUUGGAGACUCCAUUACAGCUGCCAAUGGAGCUCUAAGCGAAACUGUUCCUGCAGUUCUCUUACAGUAUCGUGGUGUAUCCUGGUCGAUUGGUGGUGAUGAAAGCCUUCCUGAAAAUCCUACACUUACAAAUAUACUGCGGCAAUACAACCCAGACUUGUAUGGGUAUUCAGUUGGUAUUGCAAGAACAAAAUCCCGGAGGGCGCACUUCAAUGUAGCAGUGCCAGGAGCGAAGGCCAUUGGCCUAGAAGGGCAGGCACAAAAUUUGGUUGCCAAGAUAAAGGAGGACCCAGAAGUUGACAUUGAAAGUGACUGGAAAAUUGUGACAAUUUUCAUUGGUGGCAAUGACUUAUGUCAAUCUUGUAAAAAACCCGAGGAACGAACUGCGGAGAAUUAUGUUGCAAACAUUGAGAAGGCUUUGAAAGUAUUACAUGAUGAGCUACCCAGAACAUUUGUGAACCUUGUCGGUAUUUUGAAUAUUGCAUCGAUUAGAGAACUUCGGACACCUGUGUGUUUUGCACUUCAUCUAGUUGAGUGUCCAUGCCCACUUGGAUCUCAACUGCGAUUAGAAAAAGUUGUCCAUCUGAACAAGCAGUAUCAGGCAUUCCUUCAAUCUACUAUAGAGAGCGGAAAGUAUGAUAAUAAGGAAGACUUUACAGUUGUAUACCAGCCAAUGUUUCAUAACUCUGAUGUUCCGAGACUUGAGACCGGUGCGCCUGACUUGUCCUUCUUUGCUCCAGACUGCUUUCAUUUUAGCGCGAUUGGACAUGCUGCUGGUGCUAUCGCCCUCUGGAAUAAUAUGAUCCAGCCAGUAGGAUCUAAGGACACGGUUUGGGACUACAAGUCAAUCAGGUGCCCAAAACUGGAUUUCCCCUACUUCUACACCAACAUCAACAGUGCACCAGAUUACCAAACCCGGUACUUCAAUGAGAAACAAUCUCUAGAGAGAAACUUCAAGAAAGAACCCAUGCUGCAGGAUGAACACAUUUUUGCAUUGCCGAGCGAAGACCACGACUCGCUGUCAGGUGGCGCGGUAGCUUCAAUCACCAUAGGAGUCUUGGUUGUUAUAUGUUGCGCAGUUAUCGUAGCAGUUGUUAUCCGACAAAAAAGGUUUUUCAGGAACGAAUAUAUAAAAGUAUAAUUGCCUCAACAAAUAUAAAGAUAUUUUAUUUCAACCACUUUUAUUUCAAGAUGCACAAAAAGUAAACCAGUGGCAGUUUUAGGGUGGGGGAGGGUUGGGGCGAAGGGCUGAGACAGCCCGGGGCGCCCUCAUAAAUUUUUUAAAAUUAUGAAAGAAACUGGAGAAAAAUAUAAAAUUAUGAUCAAAUUUAAGCUGGAGAGUGUCAUUUCCGGCUAUUGAGAGGUGCUAUAAUCAUAAAUUUUCUUGCCUCAGCCCCAACCAUGGUGGGACUCAGGUGUAUGGGCCCUCUAUCUGUGAAAGCCCCUGCGCUGGCCCUCCCCCCUCCAUUCAAAAUUCCUGGAUCCGCCACUGUAAAUAUAAUUAAAACCAUUAAAACUAAAAAAAGAAUGACCUAUAUUAUAUCAAUAAAAGAAAAUUUCCUAGGAUAUUUGCAUAUAAGCAAUUCUAGAAUAUAAGAACAUGCCAUUACAAUGCAAAUUAUAAUGAAUUAUAUAAUAUGACUUUAUAUGAGGAAGGACUAGUGUGGAAGUACCUGAGGAGGAACUGUGCACAAAAUGUUAUCAGCAGCUGAAGACUGGUUAAUGUUAAUGACAGUACCGAUUAUUAUUAUAAUGAUUGUGGAUGUCACCCGCCAUUGGUGUAGGGUUGCACCCUUUGUCUCUUCUUUACACUCAUAUUGUUUUUUGUGUUAUGUGCUUUUGAUUUGUAAUACAGUAUAAAUACAAAAAUACAUACAGCACAUAAGAUUGUUUAUUGUUGUGUGUUACACAAAAUUGUUAAACAAUUAAAUUUUGACUUACUAUAAUGCAGCGAAGUUUUAUCAGUAUUAAUAGUUUAUAUUCUCUAUAUUUUUUGAUGAUGAGGCAAAUAUAUAAAACUUGUGAUGUAUAUAUUGAAUAAAAAUAUUGUUAUAUGUGCUUUCAACAUGAAAUAAACUUUUAAAUUAA